AUGUCUUCCGGCUACGGUCUCAAUGGAGGACCAUCGAGGUGCUUUCCCUUCUGGCAAGAGGUUCUAGCUUGCUACGUCGUUAAUACCACGAACGAUGACGAUUCAGGGAAGAAGAAGUGUGCGCCGGUGUUGGAGGACUACUAUGAGUGCCUACAUCACCAGAAGGAGGCCUCAAGAGUACGAUCGCUUCAACAAGCAUACAGGAAAGCUGCGGCUGCGAACCCUCGAGACGAUGCACCAAAGGCCGGCGCGAUCAGGAACCUGGGACUGAUAGACAAGGAAGAGGAUACCAAGGCUGUGCUGGGCAAGUGA